GAAACCUGGCUCACGCCAGCGACCGAAGCAGCCGCCUCCAACCUCUUCCGCGACUACACUUGCUUCUGGAGCUCCGAGCCGGAACCCAAGCACGGGGUCGGCAUCCUCAUCAGGAAGCCGGCACCGGGCGACACCGACCCCGCACUCUCGAGCCCAACACUACUCAGCUCCAUCCCAGGGCGAGCCCUCAUCAUCACAGCAAACCUCAAUAGCAAGCCAACCAUCAUCUCAUCAAUCUAUGCCCCGGCAUCUGGCUCACAAGCUGACAAAGUGGCGUUCCUGGACCAACUCAGCGACCUCAUCAAGUCAGCCACCCAGCCAAACGACGACGAGCCAAGGCUGCCCGCCAUCAUCGGCGGCGACUUCAACAACACACCAAACAUCAGCCCCCUGUACGUCCAACCAGAACCAAGCCAAGAGCCUAGGAGCGCCACACAGGCAAACCACGCUCUCAAGGACUUCAUCAACAAGCACGCACUCGAGGAUGCCUGGCUGCUCAACCACCGCGCCGAUGACCCUGUCGAAUACACACGAUGGCCGAGCAAGAACCAGACACACCGAGCCUCCCGCAUCGACCUCAUGCUCCUGUCAUCCAACCUCCCACUCACAAUCAAGUCGACCGCGACCAGGAUUUACCAACACUCGGAUCAUCGAGGCGUCUGUGUGAACCUGGUGGCGCCGUCCGCGGAAGACAGAUGCACUCCACCCUUCAAGCUGAACGACACCAUUCUCGAACACGCUGGCUUCUGCGGCAUGGUACUCAACGAGAUAGCAGAGCUGGCGCGCCGCCCCGACCCCGAGAACCACUGGACUGCUUUCAAGGCCGACGUAGCAUGGCUAGCCCAGUGCCUGUGCGGCUCCAUUGCGAAAGACCGGGCGAAGGCUCUGGCCCAAGCGAGCCGCAAGCUCAAAAUCAUCGAAGGCAAUCUCCUCGCAGCAACAUCCCCCGCAGAGGCAAAACUGCUUGCAGCCGAACGAGCGGAGCAGGAAGCCCGUGUCAAAGCUGAGCUCGAGCAUCGCGCGCAAGGAGCACGAGUCCGCUCGGCCAAAAAGUGGCGCACCGAGGGCGAACACCCCACCUCCUUCUACUUCUCGCUCGAAAAGCAGUCCCAAAAGGCGACGCACAUCCCAAUGCUCCUCGUCGACGGCAAAGAAGUCACCGAUGCGGCCGGCAUCACAGACGCCCAGCGUGACUUCUACGCUAAGCUCUAUGCGCACGUACCCAUUGACCCAGCAGCUGCCCGGCACAUCCUCAGCCAUGCAAAGCCCAACGAGAUGCUCGACGACGAGGACCACGAGUUGAUGAGCAGACCGCUGGAGGCAUGGGAGAUCGUCCACGCCAUCAACAAAACUGCAUCUGGCAAGUCCCCAGGGCCCGACGGGCUGGGCACUGCGUUUUACAAGAAGUUCAAGCACGAGCUGGCCCCAAUCCUCGCCGCCAUCGCCAACCGCUCGCUCGAAAAUGGUCGCCUUCCGGAAUACAUGCAGGACGGCUUCGUCAAGCUGCUGUACAAGAAAGGCCCGCGCUCUGACCUUGGCAACUACCGACCAAUCUCGCUGCUGAACUGCGACUUCAAACUCCUGACCAAAGCAGUGAUCGCUCGGCUGCAGCUGGUGGUCAACGACAUCAUACCACUCAACCAAAACGGGUUUGUCACCUCUCGGACCAUCGAUGGCUGCGUCCAUCUCACCCGUGAUGUGAUAGAUCUGUGCAACACCAUCAAAACCCCUGGAGUGAUUGCCAUGACAGACGCGUCCAAGGCGUUCGACAAGGUCUCACACGACUUCCUGUAUGCUGCACUCAGAGCGUACGGAGUCGGGCCAGGCUACAUCAACAUGAUCAAACUCUACAACACCAAUGGCCGCUCCGCGAUGGUAUACCAAGGCCGAGUCUCGGAUCACUUUCCAAUCCAAAGGUCGGUGCGCCAGGGAGGCUGCGACUCGCCGACGCUCUUCGCGUUCUACGCCUGCGCCAUCGUAGACUACAUCACGUACGGCACAAAGCUCAAGCUGUUGCGGAUCCCCAGCAGCAAUCUCAAAGCCGAUCGCAAGCGCGGCCGAGCGAAUGAGGACCGGCCAGACGAUCUUGUAGUUCUCCCCACCCUCUUCGCAGACGACUCGUCCUACUUUCUCGCCUCACCAGCAGACGUCCCAAACCUGCUGAACGAGCUCAAGUUUGUGGGGACGGCCACAAAUCUGGAAAUCAAUGCACCAAAGACCACCAUCAUCCCGCUCGGACCAACUGCAACGCGCAAGCCUCCCCCCGACCUGGAAGGCCUCGAGUGGGUUGGACCAAACUCCACGACGCGCUACCUCGGUGUCAUGCUCGGCCACGGUGACCUGACCGUCGCAAACUUUGGCGACCUACUCGACAAGCUUGCACGGCCAGUUGUCGAGAUGGCUCGUCCACGGGCCGUCACUCCCAGGUCGUGUGCUCAUCGCCAACACCAUCGCGCUGUCCAAAGUCUGGUACCGAGCGAGGCCAACGUCGCAGCACCAAUCAAAUCCGUGGCAGGCGGACUCGGACUCAUCCCCGUUCGGCGUCACCUCAAAGCCCUCCUCGCCCAAGCCGCCCUGGCAUGGUGUCAGCCGUAUGCUGCCCCAUGGAAGCACAUUGCUGUCCGCCUCUGGCGUGCGGCAGACAAGCCGGCAUGCCCACUCAACGUGCUCAGGCUAGUGAUCAAGGCCUCGUCAGACUUUAUUGGCAUCUCUGCAUUCUGGCACAAAGCCUUUGAGGCAUGGCACGAGCUCAGGCCAGAGCUCCAAACCCCUACCUGCCGCGAUGAGGCGCUCGCUCACCCGCUCUGGGACUCACCGGACAUCCAGGACGACGGCAAGCCGCUCUGGUGGCCGAGCUGGAUCCUCAACGGAUACAUGCGCGUCCGCGACCUGCGCCGCUUCAUCGGUAACCCAGCUAGAGAAGAGUGGUCCCCGCUCUCGCUCGUCAAGAGCUUCACCAACGCAAAGUACUACAACACGCUCCACGAGGCACUCGACCGGAGCCAGCUCUCGUCGCUCGUAGAGCAGGAUAGCUCCACAAUCCCGUCAGUGCAAGAUCUACCGUGGUGCUGGGCCCAACCAGCCGACGACGACGACGCCAAUCCCAAACUCUUCAGAGUUGUCAAACUCCGCACGGGCAGCCCGCUCACAAGCAGCUCACUCGGAGCCGGCCAAGUGUUCUACGAGUCGGAGAACGCCCUGAUCGCGCCUGCCCAGCCAGGCCUAGUCCUCACCAAGUUCCGCCUGGCAACCGCGCAACACGCCACCGUCGUCUACUGGCGAGCUCCCAACACCAAGCCUGAACCAAACAAGCGGGGAAAGAUUUUCCUCCCACGAAAGCAGCUGUACCAUGUUGGCCGCACUCAACUCAUGCCCCUCAUCUGGAGCAACAUCGUCCUCAACGGUGUUCACUCAAGCGUCCAGAAGCCCCUGCAAGUCACAUCGCACAAGCUCAAACUGAAAACGCUAAGGCAGCUGCUCACUCCACGUCCCUCGAGACCAGACGCCCUCCAAUGGUGGAUCAACAAAGUUGGCUACGUGCCCUUCGAAUCACUGGCCAGCUCCAUCAGAACCAGUCUAGUCACAUCCAAGCAAGCCUCCCUGCUCUGGCGCAUUGCACACCGCACCAACCGACUGGGCGCCGACUGGCUGGAAACAGAUGGUCAAGCGCUGCGCGCCGGCUCGCUCUCCCGCGAAGAGUACGACGACAGAAUUGCCACUGGGCGCUACGACUGCGCGCACUGCAAACACGACGGCCGCUCGGCCAGAGAGACCUGGCACCACAUCCUUGUCCGCUGCCACACAGCCCAAGCGGUUUGGGAAACCGCGAACGCCAUCUUCCAGCACGCUCACUCAAGUUCCCUCCCAAUGUUCGACAAAGCCCUCCUGUUCGGUCCCUUCCCCACCACGCUUGCGCGAAAAAAGGAAAUGCGAGCGCUUGCCACGAUCCUGUACCACCUCGGACGCUGGGCGAUCUGGCGCACCCGCUGCGAAGCAAAAAUCAACAACACAUUCACACCCAGCCACACCACCUUCAUCAAACUCGUCCACUCCCGCGCCCUGCAGGACAUUGUGCCGCGAGCCCCGCCUGCUGACUCUCCCACGUCGAAGAUGUGGGGAAAGUGCAUUGUCAGGUCAGAAGAGAAGACCACCAUUUCACUUCUACCUCCGAAACCCGGUGAGCAUGAGCAAACCGAGUCACCAAGCGGCGCCCGUAUGACCAGGACGCUAACACCAAACUUGCAUCCGCAAGAAUAA